AGUGCAGGGACUGCAGGGCUAGCUAUCUAUCUAGCUCCUCCUCUGCCAACUGACUGAGUGAGAGCAGCUGCAGAUAGCUAGGAGAGGCCGAUUACAACUCCCUCAAGAAUUACUCUGAAGUCCCAAGGGAUCGGAGAAGGCACUGAUUUUUGAAGCCCUGGUUGGUAGCAGUGACCGAAAGGCAAGACAAUGGCGUCCUCGCUGCUCCACUGCUCCGACAAGCUCCCGUUCAUGGACGUGGAGGCCAUCCUCCACAUGAAAGAGGGGCUCGGCGAGACCAGUUACGCGCAGAACUCCUCGCUUCAGAAGCGGGGCAUGGACACGCUGAAGAGCCUCAUCACCAACGCCGCGACGGACGUGUACAUCUCGCAGAUGCCGGAGAGGUUCACGGUGGCCGACCUCGGCUGCUCGUCGGGCCCGAACGCGCUGUGCCUGGUGGAGGCCAUCGUGGGGAGCAUCGGGAGGGUGUGCGGCCGCCGGUCGUCGCAGCCGCCGCCCGAGUUCUCGGUGCUCCUCAACGACCUCCCGACCAACGACUUCAACACCAUCUUCUUCAGCCUGCCGGAGUUCACCGACCGGCUGAAGGCCGCCGCCGGGUCCGACGAGUGGGGCCGGCCGAUGGUGUUCCUCUCCGGCGUGCCGGGGUCCUUCUACGGGAGGCUCUUCCCCAGGAGGAGCGUGCACUUCAUCUGCUCCUGCUCCAGCCUGCACUGGCUCUCCCAGGUCCCUCCCGGCCUCUUCGACGAGGCGGGCAGGCCGGUGAACAAGGGGAAGAUGUACAUCUCGAGCACGAGCCCCCCCGCCGUGCCGCUGGCCUACCUGAGGCAGUUCCAGCUGGACUUCGGCCUGUUCCUCAAGUCGCGCGCCGCCGAGGUCGUCCCCGGCGGCCGGAUGGUGCUCGCCAUGCUCGGCAGGCAGACCGAGGGCUACAUCGACAGGCGGACCACCUUCCUCUGGGAGCUCCUCUCCGAGUCCUUCGCCGCGCUCGUGUCACAGGGGCUGGUGGAGCAGGAUAAGGUGGACGCGUACAACGUGCCGUUCUACGCGCCGUCGAUCGGGGAGGUGGAGGAGGAGGUGCGGCGGGAGGGGUCGUUCCGGCUGGACUGCGUGCAGACGUACGAGAUCAGCCUGAGCAGCAGCGGCGACGCCAAGGAGGACGGCCGGACGGUGUCCAUGGCGAUCAGGGCCAUCCAGGAGUCCAUGCUCAGCCACCACUUCGGGCCGGACGUCGUGGACGCGCUCUUCCACAGGUACACGGAGCUCGUCACCGAGUCCAUGGAGCGGGAGGAGGUCAAGAGCGUCCAGAUCGGGGUCGUCCUCACGAGGUUGUGACACGGGCCGCACGAGUACGCAGGGCUUGACACACGGUUGACAGCCUAUGCAUUGCAUUGCAUGACCCUGUUCUGUUGUUGACUUGUGGUGUGGCGUGUUCAGUACCAAGUAACUGGUAGUAACAAAUUUCAUGUAGCUAACUGGUAGAAUUGGAAUUGGGAGGGUGGGAACUCAAUUAACAAAGUGUAUUUAAAUGUCAAUGGUAAAUAUAUAUAUUCCUAUUUGUGCUCCA